GCCGCGCUACACACGCACCACACACAAAACUCGGCAGCCUACUCGCGCUACAUUGUAAUUCAGCUGUUUCGAGAGAAAACAAAAAAGAUGCGAUUUUACGGUCAAACUGCGUCAAGAGAGCACACGCCAGUGAAACGACGACAUUUUCCAUUAUUUUCGAAUAAAUACUUUUGCACCGGAGCUCAUUAUUAUCUGUGCUUCGCCAUUCGACCGAAAGUAUUUUAGUGAAAAAUGCCUCGUUGCUUGAUCAAAUCGAUGGUACGGUAUCAACGAUCGAAUAAUUCAGAAAAAGAACUGCAGUCGUUGGCGCCCACAUUGGAUUCAGCGAGGAAGCCGAAAAGUUCAAAAGACAACGUAUCCAAAUCGGGAAGCGUGUGGAACAACGCACGUUUGCCAAUAAUGACGCGUUACAAUAUAAAAAAUGACAACAAUCUGUUAUUGCACGGGUCGAUACCGAGCGAGCUGGGAUUGCACUACUACAAAGCCGAGAACGAGACCAUUGUUUCAGGGGAUUUUUCGACACUGGGCACUCCCGAAUUGAGCGAGCGGAAUAACGGACUGAAAAACUACGAGCAAGAAGGAAUGAUGACAGGGAGACAAACACUGCUGAGGGUCACCGACGAGCAGAGGCCCGGUAGAUCGUUCAACGAUGAAAAAACGAGUUCUAGUAUCGAAGUACCACCGGAAAUGACUUUUGAGGCAAAAUUAAAUCCUGACGCUGAAAUAGCACUCGUGGGAAAAACGGAACUGGAAAGUGGGCCGUCUUGGAAGAGACACAAGGCCAUGCACUAUUGUCCUUACUGCAGAAAAAGUUUCGAUCGUCCAUGGGUGUUGAAAGGUCAUUUGAGACUUCAUACCGGAGAGAGACCCUUCGAAUGCCCAGUCUGUCACAAGUCGUUCGCUGAUCGAUCCAAUUUGAGAGCUCACCAGAGAACCCGGAGUCAUCAUCAGUGGCAAUGGCGCUGCGGAAUUUGUUUCAAGGCUUUUUCGCAACGGCGAUACUUGGAGAGACACUGUCCCGAAGCUUGUCGUAAAUACCGAUCUUCGCAGAGACGCGAUCAUAAUAAUGUUUGUUAGCAAUAUAUAUUUAUUUAUAUACAUGAACAUAAACGUAUAUAUACAUAUAUGUACACGUUUUUCGGUUUGACUUUUUACGAUCGAAUCUCUGUCGAAUGUACAGACGGCGUAGAAAUAUUGUUUGUUUCAUCGUAAUAUAAAACCAAGCAAUUAUCGUUAUAAUGUGUUAUUUUCGUCUACUUUAUUGUUUAAAUUUCAAUUAUCCAGUGUCGGAACUAUAUGGACUGAAGUUCUUGAUUUUUAAAUACCUCUUAUCAUGUUCCAUUUAUUUUUUUUUUACGAGGUUUUAAAGACUUCCCGGAACGUUUGUAAUAGCCGGCUUCUUUUUUUGUAUGCGAUAGCAGCGCCGUCGUCUUCGAACUAUAUCGCCUUAAACCAAACAUCAAUUUGAAUAAAUGUAUCUGUUUUGUUA